UAUCUGUUUCUUUCUGUUAUUGACAUCUGCUGGGCUGGUACAAAAGUGUUUGAGGUUAUAUUUUCAUAUAUUUUUGUAUGAAAUUAGGCAGUUUCUGGUCAUUUUAGGAACUUCAAGCUCCAAAAUUGCUGUAUCACGGAAUUAGGCUGAUAAAUCACGGAAUUAUUUCUGUGAAUCACGGAAUUAAGAAAUAGAAGGAAAAUUGAGUGUAAAUAAAAAAAGGACAUAAAAAAUAAAUUUUUUGGUCAUAAUACAACCUGAAACCAUCAUUUUCUUGAGAAACUUGCACACAUUAUAUUGUAUCAUCAUGUUGAUAGCCACCCUUGCUCUUGUUUUGAUGAACUCCUUUAGGAGCCUCAGUGUCUCGGCACAACCUUUCACUCUCAACUUGAGCUCAAAUUCUUGGUAUGCAGAAAAUGCAAACUCUAGCAUCAAAGUCGAGGCAAAAAUCCCAGGAGGAAUCUUCACAGAUUUGCUCAGAAGUGGAAUUUUACCUAAAGAUUUGUUUUAUCGAUUUAAUGAUGAAGAUUACCGAUGGGUUUCUAAAGAUGAUUGGAUGUACACCACCAAUUUUGAUGUUGAUAUGAAUAUUUUGAAGAAAGUAAGUGUGUAUUUGGAGUUUGAGGGUCUAGACACAAUAGCAAAGGUGAUUCUCAAUGGUAAAACACUCGGCCAAACAGAAAACAUGUUUCUACUCUACAGAUUCAAUGUCAAACAGAUUUUACAAGUAAACAACAACAGUCUGACGGUAAUGUUGACGUCACCAGUGACAGCUGCACAGCACGCAGCGCAACAGUCUGCGUACCAGGUGCCACCAGCCUGCGUACCCAUGGAGUACCAUGGCGAGUGUCAUGUCAACUAUCUACGCAAAAUGCAGGCCUCCUUUGCCUGGGACUGGGGUCCAGCAUUCCCAUCAUUGGGCAUAUGGAAAGAUGUAGUGUUGAGAGGGUACAAUGCAGCCAAUGCCAGACAUGUGGUGGUGGAGACCAAACCAGAGAAGGUGGACUGGAAAGUGUCAGUGACAUUGUAUCUGGACGUAGACCUGCCAGUAUCCGGCACUAUCACAGCCACCUUGAUGCUCAACACCACCAAUAACGUGACGAGUGAGCUGCCAGUUACAAUUUCCCCUGAGAAGAAUAAUCCAUCACUAGUUUUUUCUGUUCCCAAGGAGAGUGUCCAGCUGUGGUGGCCCAAUGGUCAAGGUCAACAACAUCUGUACAGCCUCACUGUGGGCUUUGUCUCUGGCCAAGAACACACUUACAAGACUAUCAAGGUCGGCUUCCGCACCGUGUCACUCGAACAGAUGGAAGCUGUGGCUGGGCAGCCGGAGAAAGGUUUGACCUUUUAUUUCCGUGUUAAUGGUGUGCCAAUAUUUGCCAAGGGCUCAAACUACAUUCCAGCACAUAUACUACCUGAGUUGAGUGCAGAUCCAUUGCGGGUGCACCACAUAUUGGCCAGUUCCAGAGAUGCCAAUAUGAACAUGUUGCGUGUUUGGGGUGGAGGCAUGUAUGAGUCUGACAUGUUUUAUCAAAUGUGUGAUGAGCUUGGUCUAAUGAUCUGGCAGGACCUGAUGUUUGCAUGCAGCAUGUACCCGACAGACGACAGGUUCUUGUCCUCGGUGUCAGAGGAGGUGAGUCAGCAAGUGCUGAGGCUGCAACAUCAUCCCAGCAUCACUAUCUGGGCUGGCAACAACGAGAACGAGGCUGCUCUGAUGGGCAACUGGUAUGGAACAGCUUCCAAUUUCAGCUUGUUUAAAUCGGAUUACAUAAAACUGUAUGCUGAUACUAUAAAGCCAAUAAUCAACCACCUGGACAAGACUCGUACCUAUGUCACAUCCAGUCCUUCAAAUGGAAUUGAGACAGAGAGAGAAGGAUAUGUUGCUAAAAACCCAUACGACAACAAGUAUGGAGAUGUUCACUAUUACAACUAUGAGUUCAAUUUAUGGAACCCAGUGGUGUUUCCUAAGACUCGCUUCGCAUCUGAGUACGGAGUUAUGGCGAUGCCCUCUCUUGGGUCCUUCAUCAACAUCACUGCUGCAGAAGAUUUAUCUUUAAGUUCUGAAUUUAUGAAACACAGACAACAUCACAUUGGUGGCUACACCCAAAUGAUUAAUGAAAUAAAGUAUAACAUGUAUCUCCCAGACAACCCAGACCUGGACACUUUCAUUUACUUAAGUCAGAUCAACCAGGCAAUGUCAAUAAAGACAGAGACAGAGUGGUACAGACAAGGUAGGAGCAGAGUGAAUGCUGUAGGAGAAGGUUAUACCAUGGGAGCCUUAUAUUGGCAGCUCAAUGAUGUGUGGCAGGCACCUUCCUGGUCAUCUAUCGAAUUCAGUGGUAAAUGGAAAAUGCUGCAUUACUUUGCUGUAGACUUUUUCUCUCCAGUAUUGGUUUCCCCGAGCAGAGACGCCCUUAAUGAACUGCAUGUGUUUGUGAUCUCAGACCUCAAGCUUCACACCGCCAUGAGCCUCGUGAUGCGACUCAGUGUUUACAAUUGGCACUCAUUGCAGCCAGUGUUUAGUCAGCAAUAUCACUUCAUGAUGUUGGGAGCGGGAGUUGUGGAAGUGGGAUCAUGGGACAUCAGCCACUUUCUACAGUCAAUUGAGGGCUGCAAUAAAGGAGGAAAGCCAGUAAACAACUGUUUUUUUCACUUCUCGGUGCUGCCAAACAAUUCUUCAAGCAGUUUGGGUCCAGACAACUUCUACUUCCCAGUACCUCUACACAGUGUCAACUCUCCCUCUAAAGCCAAUGUUCAGGUCUCGGAAAUCAAAAGUUUAAAGAGCAACUCAGAGUUUAUAGUGACUGUGGUCACUGACUCAGUCGCUCUGUUUGUGUGGUUGGAUGCAGUCGAGGUCGCAGGACACUUUUCACACAAUGGGUUUCUAAUGGUGAACAACGAAACACAAGUGACGUUUUCUGCUAAACAACCAGUUACAGCAGACACGCUCAAGACUGCUCUUCGAAUACGAUCCCUGGUCAUGCAUCCAUCUCAUCAGCAAUAAUGAUAAUAUUUUAUAGAAAGGAGCAAAUAUUUAGUGUAUCUUUGUUUAAGUAA